UCCGCUUCCUUCCAGGAAGCCAUUCCCCACAUUGGCCGGGAUCAUGGGGAAAGCGAGGCGGCGAGCGGCUCCGGGUUUGAAGGCCUGGAAGCCGCAGGAGGAGAAGAUGGAGGAGCCGGAGCCGGGGUCCCUGUGCGUGACGGAGGAGGCGGACGACUUCCAGGAGAAGCGGCUGGAGGAGGCGGUGCGGGCGGCCCUGGGCAGCGAGGACGAGGAGGGCGAUGGGGAGGAGGCGGAGGAAGUGCUAGGCCUGGAGCUGGACGAGGAGGAGGAGGAUUUCGAGGAGGAGGAGGAGGAUCUUGACAUGGAGAGCGACCUGGAAGAGCAACCAGGCUCCGGCCUUCCAGAUGAGCUCGCCUGGGGCCAGAGGAAGCAGCUCUAUUAUGGCACUGAUUAUGGCAAAGCCAUCUCCAAACCCAAAGCCACCAAGAAGAGCAAAGAGGACGCCGAAGCGGAGGAACUGGAGGAAGAGGAGGCGGCCCAAGCUAUCCAGAAAAGGCUGGCGGAGAACCUCGGCGAGGACGACUACGGCUUCGAUUUGGUACGAUCCUACGCCGGGAGACCCAGCGAGAAAGAAUCCGGGCAGAAGAUCGCCCAAGACUUGCAGUCCCUUUCCAAAAAGGAGCAGCUCAAACUGCUGAAAAAGGAAUCCCCCGAGUUGCUGGAGCUGAUCCAGGACUUCGAGGCCAAGAUGACGGAGCUCCAAGACGAACUGGAGCCGCUUAUGAACCUUAUCAGAGACGGAGUCAUCUCAGAAGGAAAAGGCAGCCACUAUUUGCGGACCAAGUAUCAUCUCUAUUUGAACUACUGCUGCAACAUCAGUUUCUAUUUAGUGCUGAAAGCCAAAAGGAUCCAAAUCCACGGCCACCCUGUCAUUGAAAGGCUUGUGACGUAUAGGAACUUGAUAAACGAUUUAGGAACAGUGGAUCAAAAGGUGUCCCCAGAAGUACGCUUGCUCCUUAAGGAAUUUUGUAAUGACAACAAAAUCAGCAUGGAAAGCAGAAAGAAGUUUGCAGGUGUCAAAAAAUCAGUUGGUAGAACUAAACCAAAAACUGUUUGUGAGAUUUCUAAUGAAGAACCAGCAGACGAUUCAGAUUUUGAUGAGCAGGCUGCUCUGAAUUAUUACAAACUGAUGGAAGAACAAAUAAAGCUGAAGAAAAAGAGAAAACGUGAUGAUACGGAAGGGGACGGAAAAGCGAUUGUGGAAGAGGAACUGUCAGGGGAUAAGAGAGGUGCAACAUACCAGAUUCUCAAGAAUAAAGGCCUCACUCCCAGAAGGAAGAAGAUUGAUCGCAACCCAAGAGUCAAGCAUCGUGAGAAAUUCAGACGAGCCAAGAUACGUAGAAGGGGGCAAGUUCGUGAGACACGGAGAGAAGAACAAAGAUACGGAGGCGAACUGUCUGGCAUUCGUGCUGGAGUUAAGAAAAGUGUUAAGCUUAAGUGAUUCACUUCGCACCAGUUUUUUGCAGGCUGAGAACAAUAAAUAUAACCUUAAUAAAUGCUUUUGUCUAAAAA